AUGUCUUCAAUUAGAAAUCUUUCUCAUAUCACUUCCCUCAACCUCUCACGAAAUCAUUUCAGCGGUUUUAUUCCUUCUUCGAUUAUAGACCUUUCUUAUCUCACCUAUCUCGAUCUUUCACGGAAUCAUCUUUUGGGUCAGAUUCCAUCUUCGAUUGGAAAUCUUUCUCAUCUCACCUAUCUCGAUCUUUCAUGGAAUCAAAUUUCGGGUCAAAGUCCAUCUUCUUUUGGAAACCUUAAUCAUCUCACUUAUCUUGACCUUUCUGUGAACAAUAUUGUUGGAGAAAUCCCAACUUCUUUUGGCAAUCUAAACCAGUUGACCAGCUUAGAUGUUGGUAUCAAUAGGCUCAAUGGAAGCUUACCCAUUGCACUACUAAAUUUGACAAAGUUGUCAUCUUUACAACUCAACUUCAAUCAGUUCACAGGAACAAUUCCUCAUAACAUCUCUUCACUAUCCAAAUUGAGGAUUUUUAUGGCAGAUAACAACGCUUUCACUGGAACCCUGCCUUCUAAGAUGUCUUUUAUAACAUGCCUGAAGAAUCUGGAAGAAGAAAUUCAAAGGAACCACCAUGUCCCAAAUCCGGAUUAG